GAGAGAGAGGAAAACCCCAAUUGCAUGGCGAUUUAAGGUUUCUCUGUAGAGGGAAAAAGCCCAAACCCUAACCGGGAGCGAUUGCAGAACUCGGCCAAGAUGAAAGCUUCUCUGAAAUUCCGGGAAGAUCAGAAGCCUCUGGUAAGAGCGAAAAUCCCUCUCAGCGUCCUAGGGCUUCCCUUCCUCUCUGGAAUCUCCGCUGGUGAUUCCAAAGAGCUCUGCUUGAAUCUCAGCACCUUCUUCGAAUCCGGCCCUUCUCUCAAAGUCUCCUACCGACCCAACGAUUCCUGGAAUCCCUUCAGCCUCGCCGUCAAGACCGGAAUCGGAUCCUUUGGAUCGCCGAUUUCCGCUCCCAUGGCCAUGAGCGCCGAGUUCAAUCUCCUCGGGCGAGGAAACCCCAGCUUCUUCCUCCAGUUCAAGCCUCAGAUCGGCGAUUUCUCUUUCAAGAAAACCUCCGGAUCGGCGAUCGUGUUUCCUACCGAGCCAUCAGCCUUCUUUGGCCGGAAAAUCAACGGCCACGAGAAAGAUCCGGAUACGGACGGAGAGGGAUCGAUCGACGGUGUAGAAACGCCCGUUGCAAACGGCGCAGCGUUUCGGCCGGUAAACGGGAUCGUCGCCGGAAAGGAGAACGGGUUCCAGCCGGAUGUCCGCGCCGCUGCCGGCGGGAUCGUUGGGUUUUUAUCCGGCGUGGAGGUGAGCGCGAGAACUGCCUUGCCUCUGAGGAGCAACGCGCUGCUGAAAUUCCGGUGGGGCGUCAGAUUCCCGGCCGAGCUCCGGGGCGCCUUUCUCGAGGGCAGCAGACGCAAUCCAACGGCUGAUAUCUCGAUGCGCAAGAUCCCGCUCCUCGUGAUGAGCAAAAUCUCGAUCGAACACGUGGCGAAAGAUGAGAAGAAGGAGAGCGGGAAGAGCUGCACACCUAGCUAUCCCUUCUGGCACGGAAACGCUGGCGUGGCAGAGGCAUGCUUCUCGGUCAGGCGCCAGCUCGAGGCGCUGCAGGAGGAGAACGGGUUGCUGAGAAAGGCUGUGGAGGAGCUUCGGUCGGAUAUCUGCGCCGGCAGGUCAGUUCCCGUAACCGUAAGUCAGGAUUCCGGCAAAUACGACAGAGCGGCGAGGGAGGGCGGGAAGUCAGUGGCCGGAAAGAGGGAUCGCCGGAGCGACAGCAAGGCGGGAGAACUUACCGGCCUCCCCGCGGCCGAGGGGGAUGUGAAUGAUGAGCUGAAGAAGGCUUUGAUGGCAGCCACUGGCGCCGGAAUCUGACGUCUCCGGCGGGGCCCACUUUCUACAUUUCUAUUUUGAAUUUCAAAUACAAAUACUUGCUUGUGUCUGUGUCGUUUGGUUUUUGGAACUUUUUAAGUAUUUUUUUAAAUAUUUAGUUAGAUAUUUUUUUAGUAAUAUUGUAGGUUGUAAAUCCGUUUGUGGCUGCUUGCAUAAAUACAUACAUCAAUGAUGACGGAGUUGGCUUA